AUGAACAGCGAUACUACUGAGUGCUCGUGGCUGUCAAGAAACAAGUUUCAAGAGCUCCUUGAGCACUACCGGUCAUUGGCAUCACCUACACGACGAACGAAGGUCUUUAUUAAUCAGGAGAUGUAUAAUGACAUCAAAGGCGUAUUGGAGGAUUCCCGUUACUCUCAUCAGCGUGGGAACCGAUUUGGUCCCUGGGUGCGAGAACGUUUCAAGCUAACCGUUUUUGCGAAUGGUAUUACUAUCGUUACUCUUCUUCGUGAUGAAACAAAGAUGAUUGCAGUCGAGGAGCAAUUGUACAAUACAGUCACUCGUGCACAUGAAGAUUGCAGUCAUGGUGGUAGGGAUGCAACUUUGCAUAAGCUUAAGAACUACAUUUAUUGCCCAGACAGGUUUGUCCAACUUGUACUUAACCAUUGCAGCAUUUGUGCAACGACCAAUGCGCCCAACGUUACCCAGCGGGCUGCACAAGCAAUUCAUGCUUCGUCUUUUUUGGAAAUUGUUCAGAUGGAUUUGAUUGACUAUGGUGGAAAUGAGACUCCCGAUGGCCUACCACGCUAUAUCCUCCAUAUCAAGGACCAUCGGUCGAAGUUCUCUUGGGCGUAUUCUCUUUUGCGAAAGGAAUCAAGCGUUGUUGGCAAGAAAUUACAUGACCUUUUUUGUCUUGUUGGCCCUCCAAUCUUUUUACAAAGCGACAACGGCGGCGAGUUUACAGCACAAGCAAUGAAAGAUGAACUCCAAUCCAACUGGCCAACCCUUCGCUUUAUCAAUGGUCGACCACGCCAUCCUCAAUCGCAAGGCCUGAUUGAACGUGGCAAUAGAACGCUGGUGCAGAAACUCAACGCCUGGGUUAGCAAUCAAAACGCUACCGAGGAAGACCCCAAACAUUGGUCUGAAGGUCUAGGGAUGGUGGUUUAUGCUAUGAACACUUCAAGGACCAGAGUUCUCCGUGAUACCCCGUAUCGCUAUUUGUAUGGCCAAGAUCCUCACCCGGAUGAUACUGUUAACCAAGAAUACAUUGACCGGCCCUUAAAUGGGCAACAUGUGGUGGAUGGCGAAGCUGUUGACGCCAUCCCUGAAAUGGUUGAAGUUUACCAAAGCGGAGAAGGUGAUGACGAAAGCCGUUCUCAGGAUGUUGCAAAUACAAUGCUUUCUUCACAAGAAGAGGAUACAGAGCCGGAGGAUGACGAUGGUGGUGAUGAUGGUAGCCUUGACUCUGGAGAGGAUGACGAUCAUGGUGAUGAUGGCAAUCUUGACUUUGGAGAUGAUGAUGGCAGCAUUGGCUUUGGAGACGAUGAAGGUGGAUCUCAUGCAUCAAAUGAUACCUAUUCAAAUGCCAUUGUUGCCAAUACUGCUACAGAACGUCUGCAGGUGGAGGAAGGUCAUGGUGUUAUUGAUGAGACGAGCUCGAACAGUGAAUCUGGUGACACCGCAACAGCCACAUUUCUCGAAUUGCGUGGUCCCGGCGGCCGUGGAUUGAUGACCAUACCUAUUGAAGAUGCCGACGGCGUUCGUGGCAUCUAUGACACCAGCUUUAGAUCCAACGUUCGUCAUGCCUACCGAAUUGGUGUCAAUGGUGAACGUGUACCAGUGGAAUUGGAUGACAUUUUGAAUAGUGACGAUGAUCAUGGCAUUGCACCUCCUUCACCUUUAUCAUUGUCAAGCACUGAACCAUUGGCCCGAAAUGAAGAGUUUGAUGGCCACGCAAAUUCCGAGCACUUUACUAGCAAUGAUGAUCAUCAAGAUGGUGGCAGCCUUAGUGAUGUUUCGAUCAAUCGCCAUAGUGCCAUUCGGAAUGCAGCAGCAACACACUACAACAACAACGUAGAAUCCAUUCAACAACAGUAA